AUGAGGACCUGCCUGUGGAGACUCAGCCGUCUGGACCAAGCUGUCCAAACGCUCUUGCUCUUGGCUGUGCUGCUCUCGUUGUUUUUCAUCCUGCCCUCCUUUAUUAAGGAACCCAAUACAAAACCUUUCAGGCGGCGGCACAUGGAUGAUGAGGAGAGGCCCCCAGAGGCCCCUCACGAGGCUGCACCGCGGGCGCCCCCACAGGAAGGAAGCACAAUGGCUCCUGCGUCGUCGUCGGCUUGGGAGAACAGCGUGCAGGCACCCCGGGCCCGAGCCACCGCCCACCCUGCCGACCAGGGCAUCAAAGGAGAGGUCAGUGGGGCCACCUCCCCUGGGCCGGCCCCACCGAGGGGUCAGGAGAGGAAGGACGCUGUGCUGGACACGCUGCCCCCGAGGGCACGGGACGGAGGCGUGGCCUCAGAGGCACUGUCACAGGGGAGUCAGGACACAAGGACAACCAAGGGGAGGCAGGACCAGAAAGGGAAGCCCACAGCCACCAGGGCAGUGCCCUCGAAGCCUCGGGCCAAAGCGGUCACCACGACAAGGACAAUGGCGCCAGAAAGCCAAACGCUGGCCACCCCAGGAGCAGGGUCGAUGAAACGAGUGGCCUCAGCCGUCACCCCCCACAGGGAGACAGCCCCGGCCAAGCCACCCUCCACCCGUGUCCCGGGCCACACCACACAGAGAAGCCCAAGUCUGCGGGCUGCCAACUUCAAGUCUGAGCCCCGGUGGGAUUUUGAGGAACAAUAUAGCUUUGACAGGGGCACCCUACAGACGACCUGCCCUGACUCAGUGAAGGUCAAGGCCUCCAAGUCACCCUGGCUCCAGACACUCUUUCUGGCCAACCUCACCCUCUUCCUGGACUCCAGCAACUUCAACCAGAGUGAGUGGGACCGUCUGGAGCACUUCGCCCCGCCCUUCGGCUUCAUGGAGCUCAAUUACUCCUUGGUGCAGAAGGUGGUGAGCCGCUUCCCCCCGGUGCCCCAGCAGCAGCUGCUCCUGGCCAGCCUCCCCGCUGGGGGCUCCCAGUGCGUCACCUGCGCCGUGGUGGGCAACGGGGGCAUCCUGAACAACUCCGGCAUGGGCCAGGAGAUAGACAGCCACGAUCACGUGUUCCGAUUGAGUGGAGCGGUCACUAAGGGCUAUGAAAAGGAUGUGGGGACCCGGACGUCCUUUUAUGGCUUCACGGCCUUCUCCGUGACCCAGUCACUGAUUGCCUUGGGCGGUCGAGGCUUCCGGCACGUGCCUCGGGGGAAGGACGUCCGCUACCUGCACUUCCUGGAAGGCACUCGAGACUACGAGUGGCUGCAAGCGCUGCUUUUGAACCAGAGCCUGGAGAAAACGGGCCUUUCCUGGUUCAGGCACAGGCCGCAGGUGGCUUUCGGAGGAGACCCCCCGCUGGACAGAUACCUGUUGCCGCACCCGGACUUGCUGCGGUACAUGAAGAACAGGUUUCUGAGGUCUAAGACCCUGGACACUGUCCACUGGAGAAUCUACCGCCCCACCACCGGCGCUCUCCUGCUGCUCACGGCCCUUCAGCUCUGCGACAAGGUGAGUGCCUACGGCUUCAUCACCAAGGGCCACGAGCAAUUCUCUGAUCACUACUAUGACAAGUCCUGGAAAAAAACAGUCUUCUACAUCAACCAUGACUUCCCGCUAGAGAGAACGCUCUGGAAGCGGCUGCACGAUGAAGGCAUAAUCCGGCUGUACCAGCGUUCCGUAAUUUCCAAACCAAAGGUGUGA